AGUCUCUUCCCCCGGCUCAAGGGAAGUUGGUGACGCUGGUGUGUGUCUUGCAUAGGUGGACGCAGAGGAAGAACGCGCUGUCUGUCCGGGUGGCCACGGGGACGGCAGGAGAUGGCUCCUCCGGAGGGCGCGUGACCGUGACCGGGACGAUGCCUCGAUGCACCGCUGCGGGCUGUCCCGGUGCUUGAGGGUACGGCUGCAGCCGGGGGUCGCGCCCGGCAGAAUGAAGAAGAUCAGCCUGAAGACCUUCCGCAAGUCCUUCCACCUGAGCAAGAGCAAGGAGGAGCCCGAGUUCCUGGUGGUGCCGCCGCCCUCGCUGGCUGGUGGUGGUGGCGGCGGCGGUGGCGGCGACUUCGGCAAGGACGAGGCGCUGUUCGGCGGUGGUGUGGGGGAGCCCGGCGGUGGCGGCGAGGCCGAGAAGGCCGGCAAGGGCCGGGCCAAGGCCGAGGGCCUCAUGGGCACGCUCAAGCGGCGCCUGUCGGCCAAGCAGAAGGCCAAGGCGGCCAAGGGCGGCGGCGGCCAAGGCCAAGGCCAAGGCUGCGGCGGCUGCGGCCUGGACGACCCCGACGACGACGCCUUCUCGUCGGCCUCGGCCCCGCUGGCCUUCAAGGACGCGCGCGCGCCCCGGCCCGUGCGCUCCACGUCCCUGCGCAGCCACCACUACAGCCCCGCGCCCUGGCCGCUGCGCCCGGCCGCCUCGGAGGACACGUGCGUCCGCAUGGAGGUGCGGGUCAAGGCGCUGGUGCACGCGCCCGGCGCGCCCGGCCCGGCCCGCAACGGGCUGCGCAAGGACCUGCCGGGCGGCCCGGCCCCCUGCUGCCCCGAGCCCCUCCCCGCGGGGGGCCCGGGCCUGGGGGGCCUGGGCCUGGGCGGCGCCCCCCACCCCGCAGCGGGCAGCCCCGGGGAGCUGCGGCUGCGCCUGGACGCCCACGUGCCUGUGGUCCUGGGGCUGGUGCCCGACUACAUCCACUACACCGUGCCUUUGCCCGCCGCGCCCUGCCUGGACGCGCCCUCGCCCAUGGACGUGUCGGGCGCCGGGGACGCCAGGGACCCCGGGGAGGACGAGGAGGAGGACAACGACGAGGAGGAGGAGGACGCGGUGGAGGAGGAGGAGGACGCGGGGGAGGAGGCGGAGGAGGUGGAGGCCGAGGGUCCGGCGGGGGCCGGGCUGUGCGCGGGGCUGGUGCUGCCGGGCGCCCGCGCCCCCGCCGCCAACGCCGCCGCGGCCGGGCUGCCCCCGCUGUCCCCCCUGCUGCCGCCGCCCCUGCAGCGGACGCUGGCGGCGCUGGCCGGGGCCGGGGCCGGGUCCGAGGCGCACGCGGGCCUGGGGCCGGGCCCCGCGCUGGCCGGGGCCGGCGGCGGCGGCGGCGGCGGCGGCGGCAGCAGCAGCCUGACGGAGGAGCUCAAGAAGCUGGCGCGCCAGGGCUGGUACUGGGGCCCCAUCACGCGCUGGGAGGCCGAGGGCAAGCUGGCCAGCGUGCCCGACGGCUCGUUCCUGGUGCGCGACAGCUCGGACGAGCGCUACCUGCUCAGCCUGAGCUUCCGCUCGCACGGCAAGACGCUGCACACGCGCAUCGAGCACUCCAACGGGCGCUUCAGCUUCUACGAGCAGCCCGACGUGGAGGGCCACGCGUCCGUGGUGGACCUCAUCGAGCACUCGGUGCGCGACUCGGAGAACGGCGCCUUCUGCUACUCGCGCUCGCGCCUGCCCGGCGCCGCCACCUACCCGGUGCGCCUCACGCACCCGGUGUCGCGCUUCAUGCAGGUGCGCUCGCUGCAGUACCUGUGCCGCUUCGUCAUCCGCCAGUCCACGCGCAUCGACCUCAUCCAGAAGCUGCCGCUGCCCGCCAAGAUGAAGGCCUACCUGCAGGAGAAGCACUACUGAGCGCGGGGAGGGG